GGGGGAGAUUCUCUUGAUCUCUGUCCCCAUAUUCUUGCCCCUCCCCAUUCUGGGGGGCUGGUCGGCUGCCCCCCAUCUUUUUCGCAGCGUCCGAGGUGAGCUCUGCCCAGGGCCCUGAGCUGUGUGGACCCACUGCCCCGGGGAUAGGCUGGGGAAGGGACAUGGGGCCUUUCACCUCUAGGGGGCUGGUGCUAAUCUGUGUCCUUUAUUCUAAGCACCAGACCCCACCCCCCAACCAGAGCCAAGGAGAGAACCCAGGAGUCCUGCCUCCCAGCAACCCCCACCCCAAUCACUAGACCCCAUUCCCAUCCCAGAGCCGAGGUAUAUAACAGGGAAGGUGCCGGGCAUCAGGUUUACACAGAGUUUCACUGGCAGUAGAGCAAACACCAGUUGAGGGCAGGCUUUAUUGGCUGCUCCUUUAACAACUCAGGAUCUACAUUUAUUCCUCCCUCCCCCACUCACGGGGGCCAGAAACCACAACCCCCACCCCUCUGUCUUGCCUCUGUGCCACAUCACUGAGCUAAGAAUGGUGAUGCAGUCACACUACCUGAGAAGGAGGUUGGCCAGACUCCUCCACCCUCAUGCUCCAAGGCGGGCACUGGGACCAGCUGGGUCAGGAAGGAAUCUCUGCCCCACUCCAUGGGAGAGGGUCACUCCGUGGGGUGCACUGUGGGGGGUGGGGAUCCCUCCUCUGCUCUGAGCUGCUGCUCCAGGGAGGUUGGACAGGUCUGUUGGAAAAGUUCGGGGCAGCCUGGGCAUCUCUUGACAUCUCCUGAGGUUCCCCGUUUCCCAGCUGAUCCCCAGACUGGGCAGCUCCCAUGUGGGGCUGGGAGGUGAUGGGGUGGGGAGACACACCAGGCAGCUGCAGGAGGGGAUGGGGUUUGCUGGGUGUUGCAGGGAGCUGGCUUUCCUCUGAGCAUGGUAGAUUUGCCUCAGAGAGAGCAGAGAAACCAUUUGAUGGGAAGAAAGGGGCUGAGCGCAUCACAGGCUUCCUGGGGCUGCAGCCCCCGGCGCAGUUCCUCAUUCCGCUCACACUCGGGCCUCUAACUCAGUGGAGCUCAACACCGGGGCAUUGGUGACAGCGCUGAGGGGCCCCCACUGCCCCGUCAUGGCGUCUGCUUUCACAGUCCUCCUCCUCGGCUGCUGGCUGGCCGGGCACAGCGGGGUGUGGGGAGUGUAUGAAUUUCUCAAACCCACCAUCUGGGUGAGCCCCAGCAGGGUGGUGGCGCUCGGGGGAAGCGUCACCAUCCACUGUGAGGGUCGGCAACGGUCCAUGGAGUUCUUUCUGCAUAAAGCUGGACACCAGAACCGGCAGGUGCGGACGGUGCCUGAUGGGACCGUGGCUGAAUUUCCCAUCACCAGUGUUGGCCAGGAAGAUGGAGGGAGCUACACCUGCCACUAUCGCUCUCUAGCGGAUCAGAAUCGCUGGUCAUAUCCCAGCGACCCCGUCGACAUGAUUGUCGGAGAGCUCAGCUACCCCAAACCCAACAUCUACCUGAGCCCCAGUGGGGGGGUCUCCCUGGGGGGAGCCGUGACCAUCCGGUGUCAGGGGCAGCACCAGGGUGUGCAGUUCGUGCUGAAUAAAGAGCGACGCCAUUUCCCACCUGCGGAUUCGGACGGGUCUGAGGUUGUGUUUUCCAGCAGCAACGUUCACCGGGAUCUCGGCGGGAGAUACAGCUGCUCCUAUUACAGCCGAUCGGAGCCGUUUGCCGUGUCGUACCCCAGCGACCCAGUGGAGCUGGUGGUGAGAGAUCCCAGCUUACCCAGACCCUCCAUCUCUCUAAACCUCACUGGGGUCACCGCCCCAGGGGUAGACAUCACCAUCCGGUGUCAGGGGCAGUUCCGGGACGUGAGGUUCUUCCUGCACAAGGCUGGAGACCUGAACCCGCAGCGACACAUGGACCCUGCUGAGGACGGGGCCGAGUUCCGCAUCCCCACAGUGGGCCGGCAGCACAGAGGGAACUACAGUUGCAGCUACCGGCCCCAAUCAGAGCCCUUCAUCUCCUCGCAGCCCAGCGACACCAUGGAGCUGAUGGUAGCAGGUGAGGGGCCCGGCUCCACAGCCACGCUCCCAGCCAGACCCUCAAAAGGCGUAUCGGAAUCGCCGGCACCUCCAGGUCUGACCAGCCCCACCAUCGCCGGGGUGAGCGCGGCAGCCGCCGUCCUCCUCGUGGCCUUCGUCUGCUUCAGAAAAAUCCGAGCCAGAAAAGGAGCCGCACCGAGACCGAGCAGCACUAUCCCCUUGGGGGUGUUGAAGGCCCCGGCUCAGCAAGACCUCGUCUACUCCUCCGUUGAUGAAGGGAAAGAGACACAGACCCUGGAGCCCAACCCAGGCACCGACGGACUCACCUAUGCCGAGCUGGACCACCAGGCAUGGAACACAAAGCGGCGGGACCUGGCCCCUGGCCCUGAGCCCGCCCAGCCCAGCGUAUACGCCACAAUCAACGUGAGCCGGGGGCCCUGAAGUGAGAGCCCCCCGCAGUCAUGGGGUGCCGGCCCCCAGUGGGUGACAGACUCAUUGACUCAUAGGCUUUAAGGGUCCAUCAUGAUCAUCUGGUCUGGGCUGCUGCACAUCGCAGUCCACAGAACCUCACCCACCCACUCCUGCAGCAGGCCCCAGCCUCCGGCUGAGUCACUGAUGGCCUCAAAUCAUGGAUUAAAGACUUCAAGUUACAGAGAAUUUACCACUGACACUAGUUGAAACUUGCCAGUGCCCCGCACCCCGGGCUGCAGACAAAGGCAAACCCACCCACCCAUUCCCAGUGUCUCUGCCAAUCUGACCUGGGGGAAAUUCCUUCCUGACCCCAGAUACGGCGACCAGUUAGACCCUGAGCAUGUGGGCAAGACCCACCAGCCGGACACCUGGCAACAGAUUCUCUGUAGUAACUCAGAGCCCUCCCCAGCGAGUGUCCCGUCUCUGGCCAUUGGAGAGAUUUGCUUCUAGCAGUCGCAGAUUGGAUCCAUGCCAUUGUGGGAUGUCUCCUCAUCCCAUCCCCUCCAGAAACGUCUCAAGCUCAGUCUUGAAGCCCAGUUAGGUCCCUUGGGAGGCUGCUCCAGAACUUCACUCCUCUGACGGUUGGGCCUUGUCUACACUACAGAGUGUUGUUGACAAAAAGCGCCAUAAUAAAAUCGCUAUUGCACGUUCACACUGUGCUUCCUCUGCCAGCAGAGCACAUCCACGUUUGGUGCUCCAGCAUGAACAGCAAGACCAUUGCAUUGUGGGUAGCUAUCUCAUCAUGCUACUCGUUACCUUCUACAGCUAGGGCUUGUGGGACGGCGGGGGAUCGCAGCGCAUCAUGGUGGCAGGCUCAGUGUCCCAUUGUCAAGGUUCCUUCCCCACUCUGACCUCUAGGGUACAGCUGUGGGGACCCGCAUGAAAGCCCCUUAUGCUUAUUUACCAGCUUAGGUUAACAGUAAGCUGCCAACACCAAGCAUGUUCCAAAUCUUAGGGGAGAGCCACUUGGAACUCUGCCUUUCCCCAAUAUUUCCCAAGGCUCAACCCCCUCCUUUCCUGGGCAGAUUUGAGACUAAUUCCCACACCCCAAGUCCUUACACCCCUUUUCCUGGGUAGGCUUGAGAGCAUACCCUCACCAAUUAGUCCUGGUGAACACAGAUCCAAAACCCUUGGAUCUUAAAACAAUGAA